AUGGCUUCACUGCUGAAUUUACCAAAUGAACUUCUCUUGUUCAUCUUCAAGGAACUCGGCGAUUUAGAUGAUGUAGCCCACCUUGAAAGAAGCUGUCGGCACCUGCACAGUCUUUUGGAAUAUGGUUCUCAUCGAUUGGACAUUUUCAGAGCGGUGAUCAUCAACGCUGAACAUCAUAAGUAUGAUGUUGACUUAUGCUACUUUAUAGAGGCGAACCAAGCAUACGCAUCAAACUAUAUCGACAAGCUCAUACCAGCAGAUGACAGCCGACCACGGUACUCUAAAUUUUUCGAGAUAUAUGAUGAGGGUGUGAAUACCCUGACAGACGAGUUUGUGUGGUGGAUUGCCUGUCGUUGGCAAGGACUUCGAAUUUUACAGGAUCUCUACCUGAAUUCAUCGAUAAACGCAUCAUUUUGCCGUUCAGUGUACACUUACAACGAACAUGAUACCUCCUGUACUCACACAUGCAACCGUUUGGCAGCAGAAGGCCCUCUGCAUAAGCCCAAUGUCGGUCCUCUCACUCUAAACACCGUCACUUCCUUCAGCUCCAGGCAGACUCAGCGAUUCUAUCAGGCAUUAACUGCUAUCUGGCUUCCCAUCGAAGCCUUGGUUCUGGCAAGAGUGUCUGUCUAUCCGACAUCUGAUGAACAACAGAUAGUAUUUGACUAUGUAACCGAUAUCUGGGAAGGUGACGGUAGGGGCUCUCUUUCGGAGUCGUUUGACAUACUGGAAACUUAUGAUUUUGUCUGGAGGUUCCUGGGUCGAAGGAUAUUUCCCAAAGUUGACGACUAUACUUCCUGGACUCGGAAUAGACAUUUUAAAGCUCACGGUAGUUCUGAAGUUAAGGCGUGGGACAACUUUGUCAAGUUCACUCGGCAGUACCUGAGACCUUCGAGCAUCAUUGAGUUGCUUCUGCUUUCCGCAUGGAACAACGGGUCGUGGCCGUCGAAUAAACCAUAUUAUCUCCAGCAACUUGGUCACGCAGACGAAGCGUUAGGCGUUGUUGAAGAUGAUACUGGAGACCCAAUGAGCCCAUACUAUUCACUUGCAGAUAUCGAAGUCGGUAUACGAAGAAAGCUCAGAGAUUGUGGCCGCAAUUCUCCGCCAGGUCUCGGUGAGGCGUUCGAUAACUACCGGGAGAAAUGGUGGACGAGCGAUGCACGGGGGAAAGUUAUUACCUGGGAAGAAGACGAGGCCUUCAUUAUUAACCGCAUCACGGUGGGAUUGAAACGAACGCAACCUCAGCCUUGA